AUGCGACGAAAAGCAGGAAUUGGUGCCGUGCAUAAACAGAAGCUAGAGGCGGGGAAGUUUAAAGACAAAGGCACUGAAAUACAAGAUUCUCAAUUUGAACAGAUGACAAAACAAAUGGAAGUUUUUCGUGAAAAUUUGGAGGAUUUUGCAACGAAGCAUCGCAAUGAAAUUAAGAAAAAUGCACAAUUUCGACGACAAUUCCAGGAAAUGUGCGCCGCCAUCGGUGUCGAUCCGUUGGCAUCUGGCAAAGGGUUUUGGAGCAUUUUAGGCAUGGGUGAUUUCUAUUAUGAGCUUGGCGUUCAAGUUGUUGAAGUGUGUUUGGCACUGAAUCAUGUUACGGGCGGUUUGAUGGAAUUGGAUGAACUGCGUAGACGCUUGAUUGCAGCCAGAGGACAGAAAGCAUCCCAUCAGGAGAUUACUAGUGAGGACAUUCUGAUGGCAGCAAAGAAAUUGAAAAUAUUCGGAAAUGGAUUUGUCGUGUAUCCGAUCGGUAGAGGCAAACAUAUGGUGCAAUCAAUCCCCGGAGAAUUGAGCUUACAAGAAACAAUGGUAUUGACCACUGCAUCCAAUCAGGGCCAAGGAUUUGUCACAAUUAGCAUGCUGAUGAAGGAACUAGGUUGGAAUGAAUUCCGUGCAAAACAAGCGAUUGAAAAAAUCGUGGGCGAAGGUUUGGCUUGGGUGGACGAACAGGACGAAGAGAAGAGUUACUGGUUCCCAAGUUUAUUCCCGAAACGAGAACAAGCCGCUGCUCAGUCUUAAACACUGUUAUAAUGAAAUUUAUUCACACUCUGUGUUUUUUCUUUUGCAAAAUAUGUACAUAUUUUUAUAACAUUUCGCAAUAUCAAAUUAUUUUUCAAGUCAAA